AUGUCAUUACCUACCUCGAAAAAGUCCGAAGCGAUUGAAGCUGCCAGACGUGCCAGAUGGGUUGAAGGAGAGCAGCGCACCUUGGUUGAGACAUUGGUUGAGGAGGUACGCAAUGGAAAGAGGGCUGAAAAUGGAUUUAAGCUAGUGACUUUUGCGGUGGUGCAGAAGAAAAUCCAUGAGAAGCAUGGAAGCCUUUAUGAGAUACAACAAAUCAAGAAUAAGUUUAAUGCGGUAAGUGAAUAAAUAUUUCUUUGCAAUCUACUCACAAGAUAAAAUAAUUAAGAUAUGUACAGAUUAAAAAGGACUACGAUGUGUUUAAAACACUAAAAGCCCAGAGCGGAUUUGGUUGGGAUGAGGCUACGCAAAAUGUUACCGCCGAUGGAGAGGUUUGGGACAGAUAUUUAAAGGUAACUCUUUUCCAAUAAUAAUAUAUAAGAGGAGUUUCAAAUAAUAUCUAAAAUUCAAAUAUUUUAGGCCCAUCCAUUAGCGAAAAAAUUCCGCAAAGAGCCAUUGAAAUGGCAGCAAGAGUUGGACGAACUAUUUACGGGAACUCGAGCAACGGGGAAUAAUGCAAUUAUUCCAUCACAGAUAUUUCAAGAGGGUAGUCAGGUGGGAGGAAGUUACAGUAGAAUUAUAGGGUUAGACCUUGAUGAAAUUGAGAGUGAAGGAUUAAGAGACAAGAGGCAGACGGAAGAAACUCAGAUUGGAGGUAUGGAGUCAGAGGAGAAAGAUAUGGGAGCUGGGGAACUUGAAGAGAGGGGAAGUACUGGUAACACAAUACAUCAAGGGCAAGCCAAAAAGCGAAAAAGGGAGCGGUCAACAAAAGAGUCGGAAAUAGCGAAUGCUCUCCUCCAGCUUGGUAGCAUAAGUGGUGAAUUAAAUAAAGGGAAGACAAAGCGUGCAGUACAGGAACUGAUGGAAAAGUUCAUGGAGAUCUUAAACGAUGAUGAGAUGGUAGAGGCUGUGGGAAUAAUGGAAGAUAUAAAGAAAGCAGAAGCUUUUCUAGGGAUAAAUAAUAUGAGAUUGCGUGAGAAAUGGCUGCAAAAACAGCUGCUCUCAUAA